CUAAGUAUGUGAAUAAUUGUGUAAACUUUGAUACAACAUAAAAGAUAAUGUAUAUACCUAAAUAAUUAAUGAUGUUACGUAAGAUUGCCCGUACUAAUUGGAGAAAAAAUCGUAAACAACCAUUUAAUUGUGCUUAUACUAAGGCCUAUGACCCACAAAUUUAUAAGGAAAAUAAGAAAUAUAUACCCAUAAGGGAACGGGGUUAUAGCAACAUAUCCAAUUUGAUUAGGACUAAAGAGACAAAUCCAACUAAGGAUAGAACUCUUGGAACUGUUAACUGCCCACUCGCCUCGACAUAUUGUGUUGAUAAAUUAUUCAACAAACAAUUCAAACAUAAACAAACUUCGCCACGAACGAAGGCGGCUAAGUCAUGGGAGAACUUAUUGAAGGUUAAUCAACCGAAUAGAGCGAUUGCCCUGGGUAAGCCUCGGCGGGAAAGUAAUCUUUAUCCUCUAGUUAUUCUCACCUGUAAAGAAUUGAAUGAUGUAACCACCGAUCGAAUAAUUAAAGAAUUUCAGAAGAAAACAGAUUUGGAGGGUUGUUUAAAUUUAAAUAAAGAUAAUGGAAAGAUUACUAGAGAAAUAGCUAAAGAAUUAUUAGAUCAUUUAACUGUUAUUGCAAGAUCGUCGAAAGAUAAAAUUGAGCAUAAAGUUCCUGAGCGAGCUAUUCAAAGGAAAUUGAACAAAUACACGCAAACUCUAUUGGAAGAAAACGCUCAAGGCGACCAAAAACCAGAUUAUUUUAAUAAAAUGCGUAAACGGAAUGAAAAGAAUAUGAGAGAGAAGGCUAAAGGUGAUGACGCAAGAGAUGUAAACUUUAUCUGGAAUUCGGAGGAUGAAUUGAAAAAUUGCGAACGGUGUGGCUACACAUGCACGGAAAUUUGUUCAAAGGAAAUCGAGACGUAUGAAUGUUUGUCUAGUGAACACAAAGCAGGAAAUUAUGUGAAACGACAUCGUUCGCAUUCUGGCAUAUCGACUAGCAGUCAAAUUAGCUCGACGGAACUUAAUACAUCCGCCGACGGCAAAAUUGACAAACUAACCAAUCAAAAUCAACGAAAAAUAAGUAGUAGGAAACGAAUUUUUAAAGAUUUACUGCCCAGAAAGAUGAAGUACAAACAAUCAACAGAACAUCCAAUAUAUCGUUGUAAUUGGUUUCCCUCAAUGGAAAAAGAAAAUCGCUUGUAUAGCGUCCCUUUUCGGUUUAAUUUACUUAAAAGACGAAUGAAUGACGCGUACCUAUCAACGGCUCUAAGGAAUUUUAUUGAACGAUUAAAGAAUAUUAACCCGAACAAUAACAAUAGCAAUAAUCGCGGUCAUAAUCAUAAUCGUAAUCGUAAUCAUAAACAACAAAUGACUUUAGAAUGGCUGCUGACACCUGCUAACACCUGCAGCAAUAAUCAUCAACGAUUACGUUCUCUAUGCAAAUCGGUUAGGCAACGUAGACGGGAAAGGUGCCCGAAAAAUUCAUCGUUUGACGAGGUGAUGAAAUCCAGAAGAUGGCGUUAUAGUGGAGAUGAACCCUGGAAUGGUACAAUUGAUUUAUUGCAAGUACCUAAUCAGUUAAGAGCAGUAAAUCAAAAAGAUUUUAUUCAAGAGAGUGAGAUACUCGAGUCAAUUAGAAGUUUGAAUGAUUUAUUUCAAUAUGGUCAAAACAAUAAUAACAAUAAAGUGAAUAGUAGUGAUCCUCAACCCAAUAGCUCAAAGGACGAAUUUAGUAUUAAACCCUCUAGAUCGGGCUUUGUUGAAGAGAUUAUUGCACCCGUUGAGACAAAAACAGAUUAUAAGCAAGACGAAGAAAUACUAACAAAAGUUGCCGCCCAGGAGGCAAAAAGGAGAUUAUCACGUUGUACUUCAACUCGAGAAGAAGAAAUCCAACCCUCUAAUUAUCAGCCAACGAAAGUGAAAGAUCUUAUUAUUGGUCCUCUCGUUGAUUUAGAAUCAGUUUGGACUCAACAACCAAAUUUAAUUAAUAAGAAUAAAUCGUCUAGUAUAUCAAAAAUUCAUUGGCCAAAAGUAAUAGACUCUCUUGAUAUUUAUAAAGUGAAAUCUUUUCAGAAAUUCUCUCAAUUUCAAAAUCGAGCUCUGAGUUCGGACGAGCAAUACGAAAUGGAUUCAAAUAUUAAGCUAAAUGAGCUUAGGUCACCGUCUAUUAAGCAUGCGUCUAACAAAACGACAGAUGGAAACAAUAGAAUAAAAGAGGUGCUAAAUAGAAUUUUCGAUGAUGUCAAAUCAACACUUAAAUCUCCCGAAGCUUAUCAACUAGAGGAAGAUGGAAUUGUUCGUCACGUUAUGAAUAGAUUAGAAGCUAAGAAGCAUUAUUUAAAUAACGGAAAGCAGGUAUUAGACGAAGAAGAAGAGCAAAGUUCACACUUGAAUCGAGAAAACGCUACAGAAGAGGUAGAAAAUAGCCCUAAAGUUACCGCCUCUUUUAUACAAAAUUUGAUUGAUCAAGCAGAAGCGAACUGUAUGAAAAAAAGGCACUGUCGAAGUAAAUGUAAAUGUUAUCAACAUCAGCGUCAACUUGACAUUUCUCCAACAAAGAUAGAAAUAAUUGUUAAACAGGAAACUGACGGUGGAGAAACAAUUAAACCACGUGUCGUUGAUUUAAAACCCACACAACCGCCAGCUAUUCAUCAGUUAAACGAUACUGAAUCGCAAAAUCGUCAAUUUAAUCAAAAUGAAACCUAUCUAAAUCAUCAGCAGUAUCUUUGCACAAACCCGAAUCAUAUUCGCUUUCAACGUCCUUUAGCUUGUCGGAUGUCAAACGGUAAAAAAUUUUGGCGGAAAAUCUUGAACGAAUGUCGGAAAGAGGAGAAAAAGAGAAGAUCAACGGGAAAAGAGGAGAAAAUAUUAGACGAACUAGAAACUAUUAAAAAGCAAUUAAUUCAUAUGAAAAUUAAAUUUAUGCAUAAAAGAUCCAAAAAAAUUGAAAAUUGGUUGUGGGAUCAAAAUAAUUCAAACAUUAAUGUCAUAUUAACAGAAAAUGAACAGCCUAUAACAACCGGAAGUAUGGCAGACACACUUGAAGAAGAAAGACAUAAUAAUAUCAAAGAAAAAUGAUAAAUAGAAUGUAGGAA